UCGCUACUGAAUGAUUUUCUGAAAGGUUCGCGUUUUCCGGAAAUCUAUUAAAUUGUGUAUAAAUUGACAGCACUGUUACUAUGCCGAGAUGGCAGCUAAUAUCUGUAUACACAUGUGAACUGAUAAUAAAACUAAUAGUUGGUUUUAUUAUGGCGCCAACUACAUAAAUUCCCCGCGAUUUAGGGUGUUUUCUGUGGUUAGAGAGACGCACCGUGCGGCUGAUACAGUUGUAGUAGGACGUCGGCACAGCACGGGGAUUUCCUCGCUUGCUUGUUUUGUAGGAGGGGAGUUGUUUGCCAAUUUGACAGCAGUGUGAAGCUGGAGACGGGAGUCGUGGAAUGUCAGAACUCUGUUAUGGGGUUGAACUCACAAUAAAUAGUUGCAUGAGUUGCAUUUAAUAUUCUUUAUAUCAUUGCGCUUCUCGGGGGCUUGUCAACUCAUGCGCUUCUUGCUGUCCAAACCUGCUGCUUCAUCACCUCGUUGUGAGAAGGAGAAAGAGCAGGCACAGGCAGCGGUGUAGCGAAAGCAGGUAACAAGAACAGAUGAAGGCCCUUAUAACAUCCGGAUGCGGCUGGUAGCAGUGUGUGGACGGAGACUGGGAGUGGUGAUCAUCUCUGAGAUUUAUUGCUUCUCGCGUUGAGGCAGCAGUUAUAAAAUAAGACCGGAUGCCACUGAGGUGAACCAAAACAGUCUGUAGUGCAGGUGGACCCGGCUCUCGUGGCAUGACUACCACAAACAAAGGAAACAAGGCCUUGAAGGUGAAGCGGGAGCCUGGAGAGAAUGGCACCAGCUUGACAGAUGACGAGCUGGUGACCAUGUCAGUACGGGAGUUGAACCAGCAUCUCCGUGGCCUUACCAAAGAGGAAAUACUGCAGUUAAAGCAGCGGAGACGUACUUUAAAGAAUCGGGGGUAUGCCGCCAGCUGCCGAGUGAAGCGCGUCACCCAAAAGGAGGAACUGGAGAAGCAAAAGGCUCAGCUGCAGCAGGAGGUUGACAAACUGGCUACAGAAAACGCCAGUAUGAAGGUGGAGUUGGACGCGCUACGCUCUAAGUAUGAGGCCCUCCAGAGCUUUGCCAGGACUGUGGCCCGUAACCCUGUCACCACCCGGGCUCCAAUGGCCUCCGUCAUUGGGCCGCUUAUCCCUGGUAAAGUAGCCGCCACCAGCGUCAUCACCAUCGUCAAGUCCAAAACUGAAGCCAGAUCGUAGUAGCAGAAUGGGCCAGAGGGAGAGUUGUGUGUAAUUUGUAACAUGGCAUUGGGUUAGCUCAUAAUUUGUUCUUUAGCACUAAAACUACUGUAUGCUAUCUUUAUUAAUCAGAAAAUAAGAUUUUUGGUUAUGGUUACAAAUGCAGAGCUUGUAUAGUCCCAAUACCAUAAUUAGUUUAAACAUAGUGACAUUUUUACAUAGAUACUGAAAAAACAUAAGCUUUAGCUAACCCUUUGACCUGUUAUUAUGCACUGACUCAGAAUGAUCAAUCCAAGCAAAUUGUUGGUACAAACAUUAUGUGUCUUUAAUCAGCUUGACAAAACCCAAAUCUACUCAAAUUGUCAAAUUGUUGGUUUUAUCUGUCAGGGCGUAAGCGUGGAGCGAUGCAUCCAAAUUUACUAUUUGUUUUGUUUACGCCUCUGUGACAGAUGUUAAUGAACUUGUCAUUGUCAGUAUGACUGGUAGAUGCAAUAAUAUAUGUAUGCACUGAAAGUACAAAGAGGUCUAUUAUAUUUAUGGCAAAAACGAUCAGCGGUUCUAAAGAAUAUUGUUGUAGAGCGGAGCGCCAUUCCAAUGUGACAAGCUCCCUCAACAAUAUCUGCAAAACCUGAAUGUUAUUACAGUACAAUACCUUCAUGAUUUGUGGGUAUCUUGUAGCCCACAAAACCUAUGUUUUGCUCAUAUCGAACAUUUAUGUUCAUGAUAUUUUCAUUUCAAGAUAUUUAUUGCUUAUUUUGUAAUUACCAUCAAACAUUUCCAAAAGAAAACUUUACUCAAGCUUUACUGUUUGAAUUGUUAGGGUGUUAAGGAAACUUUGUCUAAUGUUUAGUUUUUGUUUUUAUUAACAUAGAUUACUUCCAUUGUUUAUAGAAACACACAAAAAAAGAAAAAAAAAAUCCUGUGACAUCUCUUUUUGCAAUUGUACCGAAAGUGGCUUACUAUUGAAGUCUGAUAGCUUUUCUAGUGACUAGGCGCGUACUGUGGGGUAGCGCGUGAUGUGAUGUGUAAGUGACAAGUUGGCAGUGUCGUUCACUGUAUAGAUGUCAAAAAGCUGUGCUAUUAUAAAACAAAUCUGUAGAGCUAAACUAGGUGGUGUAAACAAGGUCAAAUGUCUUGUGCAUAACAGCAUCUGUGAUUUCCCUUUGCUUCCUUGGUGUUUGUUACGAACAUAAACUCAUUACAAGUUCACCAUAUCAAGCCAGGUAAGGCAGAAAUCUGGGUAUCUGGUAAAAAGCUCAAAUGUAUGAUUUUUUGUCCCUUUGAAAAAAUUGAUUUUACAAUUGCUUUGUCUUUAUUGACUUUACUUAAGAGUUGAAGCAUUAUAAUAUUAUAACAAAAUCAAUUAACACACUAUUUUUGUUCAGAGAAAAUCACAGAAAUAUAUUAAUUAACUUCAACAGCGCAGCAUUUCCAGUAAAAGGUUUACCCACUGAACUUGUAUACUGUACAAGUGGUAGGCGUUGAUUGAGGGUCUCUUAUGCACUAAGCUCCUGCUUGUUUUGCUCAGGACAAAACAGGUCACUCUAAAAAUGGAAAGGCUUUUUAGACAAAAAGCAGGAAUGGCAGCUCUUUUUUCUGUUUAUCUCCCUCUAUCAGUUUUCUUUUAAAAUAAGCAUUUCAUAAAGGGCUUUUUCAAUCCACACUCGGAAAGAGAGACACGGCACGACCACGUAAAAUUCCAAUCAACAGCAGCUGCCCCUGGUACUUCUCCCCUCCGCUUGUGCCAAGUACAGUCCUCUAAAAAGGAAUUUACCCGUGAAGAUGCUUUACAACUCAAGGUGAAAGUUGUAGUUGGGUAAUGCUCUUCAUCCAGCUCUCACUCCCCUGCUGGUCAGUCUAUCUAUAAGCAUGUUGAGCUCAUAAGUACCACUUCUCAUGGCUCCAUGCUCUUUUGGUUGGUGGCCAUACCCUAUCAUCACAACAUGCUUAACAAACUUGCAUUGACUGGUAACUGUUGGAAAAAUGUAUAUCUGAAAUCUCUACAUAGCCCAGUAUUGGUGUUGACGUCCGUAUUGCUGUGGCAGUCUCGUGGAGUGAAUCUAUUUUCUGUGUCAAGUGUCUUUUUAAAGGUGUUCCAAAGUGGCACCGUACGACCAAUUUCUCAGUCUGCGCUAAAGAUGGCUGUUUCACACAGGUGUAUAGUAUGUAGCUACAAGUAGGUAUUACUGACCAUUGUGAAAAAAGUGACCCUUAAUAUGCAACUCAGUGGAAAAGGUGUGAAAGAGUAGUCGUAAGAGUAAUCAAUAUUGUCAUAGUGCUUAUGGUCUGUUAUUUAAUAUUUCGUACUCUUUUCUAGUUUUAUUGUAUUAUAUUUCUUCCAUUUUAUGCUCCAAUUCAAGAGCAGUCGGCCCUUCAUAAUGUUGUAUCACAUUGUAUAUGUGAGAGCAGUUGUGGUGGUUGCACUCAAGCCUUACUCACACAUUUUAAACUUUAAAUAGAUGAUUUGCUCAUCCAUCAGAAAUGGGUCUAUUACUUUGCUCUGGAGAUUGUGCACUGACUAGUCAAUGAUUCUAUUCUUUUUUAUCUUUUUUUUUUUUUUUUUUGUCAUAAGGGCCAUUUGCAAUAUUUUUUCUAUUGUACGAGUGACGCAUGGAUUUAUGUUUUGUUUUUUUUGUUUUUUUUUCUGCUGCUACACCAGUUGCUUAGGCUUACUGUAGCAUCAUUUACAUACUGCAUUUAGAUCUUAGCACUGUUUGUUAUGUAUCACAUUUAGUUGAAACUAAAACAUUAUCGUUUUUGUUGUUACAUGUUCAGGAAGAGGGUAGAUAAAAGCAUAUAGCUCUUGACAUAGGCUUUGUCCAUGAAAUAAUGCUUUGUAACAGAUGACUGUGAAGUUUGUAUUCAUGGAGUGGGUCUGUGUUCUGAAGCUAUAAAAAUAUGAUGAAAGUAAGUAAUACAAAGUUAAUGGUUUGUUAUUUUUCUGUAUGGGUUGUAAUAAAUAUUGCAGUACUUUGUAUGAAAAAACAAUAGUUAAUUGUAACUAUUUAUAAAUUAAAUUAUUGUACUUUUGCAAUGUAGAUAAGUACUAUGUAUUCACAUACAGUCAAAACUGUGGAUUUAAAUGUGAUUCUCUGAGGUGUCUAAGUUAUUGAUGUACAUAUUGUAUGUUUGUUGAUACAGCUUACAUUAUUUUCUAUAAGACCAAUAAAAUGUUUUGAAAAAGG